AAAAGAGGCAGCUGCUGGGGCCGUCCUGGAAGAGAAGAAGGGAGCUGAACACGGAAGUGGCGGUGGCGCCUGGGAAGCAGGCGGAGGCUGUGGCUUCCGAGUCUGACGCGGGCAUCGAGCGCCCAGCAGGGGCGGGGGCUGACAGAAAGGCGUCCGCCUUGCGGUGCUUCUCGAGCAGCGGGAGUGGCCGGGCCUCGUUUCCGCACUUGCGAGCGCCGGGUGAUGGAGGCGGUGAUGGCGGCUGCUCCGCGGACAGCCCCAGUUAAGCUGCACUCAGGGAGAUUCAUCCAGAAAGUACCCAGAAGAAACUUCCUGUCAGAAAAACUGAAAAAGCAGUAUUUGUAACACUGGAAUUUGUGGAUAAUUUGUUUAAAAUGGCAGAAAAUAAUGAAAAUAAUAGUAAAAAUGUAGAUGUAAGGCCUAAAACAAGUCGAAGUAGAAGUGCUGACAGAAAAGACGGUUAUGUGUGGAGUGGAAAGAAGUUAUCUUGGUCAAAAAAGAGUGAGAGUUGUUCAGAUGCUGAAACAGUGGGUGCUGUAGAGAAAACUGAAGUUCCUUUAAGGAGCCAAGAGAGGAAGCACAGCUGUGCAUCUAUUGAGUUGGAUUUAGAUCAUUCCUGUGGGCAUAGAUUUUUAGGACGAUCUCUUAAACAGAAACUGCAAGAUGCUGUGGGGCAAUGUUUUCCAAUAAAGAAUUGUAGCAGUCGGCAUUCUCCAGGGCUUCCAUCUAAAAGAAAAAUUCAUAUCAGUGAACUCAUGUUAGAUAAGUGUCCUUUCCCACCUCGAUCAGAUUUAGCCUUUAGAUGGCAUUUUAUUAAACGACACACUGCUCCUAUAAGUCCCAAAUCAGAUGAGUGGGUAAGCACAGACUUACCUCAGAGUGAAUCAAGGGAUGCUCAGCUAAAACGAAGAAACAUGGAAGAAGAUAUAAACAGUUUCUCACAUACUAAUAUUCAGCCUUGUGUCAUAACUACCAACGAUGUUUCAUGUAGAGGUGGUCACAUGACUGGCUCUAUGAUGAACCUGGUUACAAAUAACAGUAUAGAAGAUAGUGAUAUGGAUUCCGAUGAUGAAAUUAUAACACUUUGCACAAGUUCCAGAAAAAGAAACAAACCCAAAUGGGAUAUGGAUGAUGAAAUCCUGCAGUUGGAAACACCUCCAAAGUACCACACCCAGAUUGAUUAUGUCCACUGUCUUGUACCAGACCUUCUUCAAAUCAAUAACAAUCCGUGUUAUUGGGGAGUUAUGGAUAAAUAUGCAGCUGAAGCUCUACUAGAAGGAAAACCAGAGGGUACCUUUUUACUUCGAGACUCAGCACAGGAAGAUUAUUUAUUCUCCGUUAGUUUUAGACGCUAUAGUCGUUCUCUUCAUGCUAGAAUUGAACAGUGGAACCACAACUUCAGUUUUGAUGCACAUGAUCCUUGUGUCUUCCAUUCUCCUGACAUUACUGGGCUCCUAGAACAUUAUAAGGACCCAAGUGCCUGUAUGUUCUUUGAACCACUUUUAUCCACUCCUUUAAUUCGGACUUUCCCCUUUUCCCUGCAGCAUAUUUGCAGAACAGUUAUUUGUAAUUGUACAACUUACGAUGGCAUUGAUGCCCUUCCAAUUCCUGCGUCAAUGAAACUAUAUCUGAAGGAAUACCAUUAUAAAUCAAAAGUUAGAGUACUCAGGAUUGAUGCACCAGAACAACAGUGCUAGGAGAAGGUUAGGAACAUGGCAGUUACAUACAUAUUUUCAUUUAAUCUUUUAUUUUUCUUAUGCCUCAUUAAAUUUUCUACAAAGGCAGUUAAGAGUCCAAAAUAAAACUUUAAAUUUUACUUCCAGAUCAGUUUAUUUUUUUUAUGAUACACUAAUUGUUAUAAUAGAUAUUUUUAAGCAAGUGUUUGGUUUUGUUUUUAUCAUGCAAAUUGUAUAUUUUCCUUAAUUUAUAUAUGGUCCAGGAAUAUUUGAAAUUUGAAGGCAUUGCAAAUACAUUUGAAUAUUCUGUAUUUUUCUUUAAAAAUAAUCUUCUGUUCUUUUCUACAUGUAAAAUAUUUUGCUAAUCUACACUGAGUAUUCCUGUCACCUUUAAAAGUUUCUUUGUCACCUUUUCAUUUUAGAGUUCAUCAGUAAAUAUUAGUGCUGUUAUUCAUCCAUUAUAAUGUAACUGACUUUUGUAAUUUGCUAACAAGAAUAUUAGGUAACACAACACUUUAAGUGAAAAUUCAUGUUUUCAUUGGGUUAAGUUUUUUUAUUAAUCUAGUCAAUGAGAAAUGAACUUUGAUGUUCUGGAGGGGUACAUUUGUUCUAUAAGGUGGCAGAAUCAUUUGUUACUUCCAAAUAGAUCUUCUCAAUCUGGAAGCGCUAAAUCAUAUUCAUAAUAUAAGUUUUGUUCCUUUCUUCCUGGAAGCUGUAUAAAACAAAACAAAAUACCAGUGUUAGAAGUUUGUAGUUGCUAAAGCAGCUAGAAUUUUUCUGUAUUUAUGAGCUGAUGCAUCCACUUAGUUCUUUUAUACUGUUACUUUGGCAGAACUAUACGGUUUCUAAACUCCAAAUUUCCAUUGAUAACCAGAGUCCCUAAGUAGUUUUCAUUAUUUUGAACUGAACUUAAAUAAAAAUUAAAAGCAAACAUGGAGCUCAACAUUUAGGAAGCUUAAUAUUGCCUUUGAUCUUCACAUGCCAAAUAAUUAUCCCUGUCUUCAGAAUUAACAUGUCUUUAAUGUGGCUUCAAAAAAGAGAAGGCAGGGCUGGAGAAAUGGCUCAGCAGUCAAAAGCACUGUCUGCUCUUCCAAAGGACCCAGGUUCGAUUCCCAGCACCUACAUGGCGGCUAACAACCAUUCAUAACUCCAGUUCCAGGGGGAUCCAGCACCCUCUUCUGGCCUCUGCAGAUUUUGCAUGACACAGAUGCACUUGCAUACAUGCAUGCAAGACACUCAUACACAUAAAAUUUUAAAAAUAAGUCAGAAAAAGAGAAGACAUUUUAAUAGUUACAUGAUAUAACAUGCUAGACAAUAGUACAAAAAUCAUGUUACUAUCUCAAGGAUAGGUCACUCAGUAUUUUUAGAAACAUCAUUGCCUAGUGUAACUAAUAAGACCAAUGGAGUGAUACAUAAUUUCUUCCCUCAAUGACUAGACAAAUUGCCCAGUUUUUUCCUGGUGAGCUGUCUAACCCCAUAUUUAAAUAUUGUUUUCUGUUGUUGCUUUUUGUUUUAGACAGUGUAUCACUUUGUAGCCUAGGCUGGCCUCUAACUUGAGAUCCUCUGGCCUCAGCCUUACCCUCUCGAGUUCUGGGAUUACAGAUUUCCUGAUGUUAGUUCAGCUAUAUUAGAAUACUUGCUUCUACCUGGGUUGAAAGAACUUUGGCUCAAUUUCCAAGUUAAAACCUGUUCCUUGCCAGGUGGUGCAUGUCUGUAAUCCCAGCUCUUGGGAAGCAGAGGUAGGAGGAUUGCUGCAAGUUCAAGUCCAGCUAGAUAUAUAUAGUGACACCUUGUCUCAAACAAAAAUCCAGUUGUUUCUUAGUUCCUUUUGCAUUUAUGUUGAGUUAGCCCUUCUCCAUUUGAAGUGCUGUUAAUGUAAAAAUGGCAUUCUCCAAUCAUAGCUUUAGCUGGGCAUGGUACUUCAUGCCUUUAAUCCCAGAAUUUGGUAGGCUAAGGCAGGAGGAUUGCCGUGAGUUCUGGGACAGUCUGUGCUACAAAAUAAGACCGUCUCAGUGCCCCCCACAAAAAACAUAAAAAAGAAGAAACUUUAAAUUUGAACUUUUAAAGCUUUAAAUUGUUCAGCAGUUAAAAAUAAAAUGGGAAAAAGCUGUUACCAUUCUCUAUUUUUUUCUCGGUGGUCUAAAGAUUGUCUUGGUCUCUGCAAGAGGUAGCCACUAAGGGCAGACCUCUUGUAGCUGUGAUGAGGCUCAGAACAUCAACUUCACUGUCAGGAUAAAUAUCCCUUCUAAAGAUGAUAGUGACCUUUUCCCAAAGUAGAAGUAUCUCCUACUACCUCAUCUUUACUGUGGCACUGUUGUAGAUCACUGAUGCCCGUCUUCCUAACCAUAAAACGUCAUUCAUAACCAUCUUUGGUGAAAGAAAAUUUACAGUGUUGGUAAGACUCUACUCAUAACCAUAGCUUUUUAUCAGAAUUUGAUAAGACUUUCUGUUUCUGUGAAACAAUUAUUUUAAAUAUUUUUCUUUUAAAAGUAACUUUUUAUCAGUAUAGAAAUAUCUAAGGGAUAAUUAGCUUAUGAAUAUUCUGUUAAAGGUAGUUUUAUACAGAAAAGUGAAAUAUAAUGUCUUUUAUAGUGGCAAAAAUUAGUGUUUACAUGAAAGUCGGGAUCUAAGUAGAUUUCAUAUAAUUAAACUGAUUGCUUAUGAUGUAUUUUCUCUGGCUUUUAUUUUUUUCAAUUUUCAAGGUAUUAACAAUUUAAUAUUUUCAAAGUACUGCCAUAUGUGUAGCUUUGAAGUGUAUAUUAAAGAGGACAGGGAAGAAAUAGUUUGUAUCUUUCAGGACUCUGAAAUGGCUUGUGUCUUUCCUUUGGUACCUGAUACAAUGAAAAGAAAUUUGGAAGACUUGGGAAGGAAGUGAUUUACUGUGAAGGACAAAGAAAGGAGUAAUAGUUCCUUUAAAACAUUAAGGGAUUACUCCUUGCCUGUGUUUUUGUGAAGAACAUCAGUAUUUGGAAACUCCUAAAAAUGUUUAAAAUAUAUUUAUUGGAUUAAAUAGUUAAAAUUAAUAAAUUUUAAGAAUUUAAGGAAAUAUAAAUAGAAAAUUUUGUAGCUCUAAGUUGAAUGUCAGGAACAUUUGAAAGUAUCAAUUCCAGUUGAAAAGAGCAUUCAAUAUGGAGGAAUUGUGUAGAGUUUAUUGAUAAGAGAGGAUGGAGCUAAAAGAAACAAGAUAAAAUAUUAAAAUUAAGAAUGUAGGCAUUGCCUUUGGGAAAAGCUUUGAUGGUGAAAGGAAACUGCAAUCAAUAAUAGAUAGUCUGGACCAGACACUAACUGCUUUGGGACUCAUUCUACACUAAUCAGGAAAUUAACUUGACUUUUGUAUUUUUCUCUGAAGCUUUUCAAGACAUACUCCCCUAUGCUCUUUCUUAAACUUAUAAUAUCUUGAGUCAUGCUAUAAUUCCUGAAAUAUACUGAAUGGAUUUUUUUUUUCAGUUGAGCAUUUUUUGUGAAGAACUGUGAACUUUCUUUUAUAUGACCAUGCCACCAUAAAUAAUUCAUAAAGAGACUGUUAAUUUAAGGGGAGACCUAAUAGAUUAAAGGAAGCUUUUAGUCGGCCUGUGGCUAGAUUUAUUGAUUUGGUGAUCAAACCUGUUUUCUUUCCUGAAUUUCAGCUAAUGGCUAAAUGUGGUCAAAGAAUGGCUUUCAGUUAAAGUUUUGACUUAUUAUAAAUAAUAUAAAGUGUUUUAGUAAUUAGAAAUCCUUUAAAAAGUAGAACAAAUGUGGCAAAUACUACUCAUCAUCUUUUUAUAAGAAAAACACAUAAACCUUUAUCAUUUAUUCAUGAACUAAAGCCAUUAAGAUAAAUCAAAUUAUCAACUUCCUGUCUCUGAAGUUUGGAUCAUUUUAUAGAUCCAUGUAAUAGAGUACUUCCUUCCUGUGAAACAAAAGCCUUGAGAUCUCUUACCCUCAUCAUUAAAAAUAUUUAUUGUCACUUUUUAGCUACAAUCAGAAUCCAGUAGACAACUGUAUUUUUAUUUUGGCAAGGCAAAUUUGACAGAAUUAAGACAUUCCUGGAGACAAAAUAGUGUUUAAAGUAGCCUUUUCAUUGUUAGAUAAUUUCCUCUCAAACAAAAUAUUUUAAGUUAAGGAACUUUUUGUUUCUACUUUGAUGAAACAGAAAAACUACCAUUUUAUUUAAACAAUCAGUUUUAUAUUCAUUUUUAUUUCUAAGAAACAGAAAGCACAAAGGACAUUUCAUAUUUGGUGGCCUAUUACAAAUAAACACUGCUACAAGCCUGUCUGUAUACAAUUUAUUGCAUUGAAACAUUGAGCAUAAAAUCAGGGUAAAUUUUAAAAGAGGUUGGCUUGUACAUAGAAUAAGAAAGUAAUGGAGAUGGUCAUGGUGGCACAUGCCUUUGCUCCCAGCAUUUGGGAGACAGAAGUCUACAUAGACCCUGCUCAAAAAA